GGCUGAGACUUUGAGUUUGGUUCUCACAAUAUAAACAAACUCUUCCCAUUUUCUCAUACACUAUUUUCUUGCUCAUCCAUCUUGCUCUGCAGCCUCCAAAGCUACACACACUAAAAACACACAGAAAAGGGCUAGGAGUCUAAGAGAUGGGGAAUUGCCAAGCCAUAGAUAAUGCAAGUCUGGCAAUACAACAGCCUUGUGGUAGAGUAGAUAAAGCUUACUGGCCCCUCCCUGCUAGCUAUGUCAUGAAGACCAACCCUGGCUACCAUGUUGCUCUUCUCCUCACCACCACUCUGUAUCCACCUUCCACCACCACUGCUGACUCGGCUCCUCUUCGCGUUACUCGGAUCAAACUUCUCCGCCCCACGGAUACUCUUGUUCUUGGCCAUACCUAUAGACUCGUCAGUUCCCAAGAGGUGAUGAAAGGGGUGUGGGCUAAAAAGCAUGCAAAGAUGCAGAAGAAAAAACAAUCAGAAGCAUCAUCUGAAGUCAUUAAUUCAAGUGCUGAAAGUACUCUGAAGAACAAAAACAAACUGGUGAUAAAGCACGAUAGACCGACAAAGACAUCAUCAAAAUCCAGCUCUGUGAGACCAAGAGGAUGGCAUCCCUCACUGCAUAGCAUCACCGAGACUGCGAGCUGAUCUUUGAGCUGAUCUUUUGUGUUUAAGCUUUCACAUAUGGGGUGAAUUUUAAUAUAACAGUACAUCCUAGAUGUUUGAAGACCUCUGCGAUUGAUAAGCUCUGUUUUAACAAGUCGAGACACGUCUCAGAUCGCCUUAUCAAGGGCUAUAAUCAAGUUUAGAGCGAUGUAAAGCAUAAGCAGGGCAAUCCGAUUUCAAAUCCAUGUAACCUGGUAUUUGUUUUUUUUCAACUGAUUUGAUUUUUUUUGUC